CUGGCGUGGCGGGUUGAUGCGCAACUGUCACGCACACACACACACCAACAAACGCCACACACACUUGCAGAGCAAAGCAGCGCCGACAAGCAGGAAAACAACAAACAUCCAGGGAGUAAUCAAAACAACAUGAGUGCCCGGGUUUGUUUGUCAGACAUGAAAGCCUUUCAUGACGUCUUUAAAAAAUCCAAAAAUGUAGUUGUCCUUACGGGUGCGGGAGUGUCAGCAGAGUCAGGUAUUCCCACAUUCCGAGGCGCUGGUGGUUUUUGGAGAACAUAUCAAGCAACAGACUUAGCAACUCCCACGGCUUUCAAGAGAGACCCGUCACUGGUCUGGGAGUUUUACCACUACCGUCGUGAAGUAGUCAUGGCAUCCUCUCCAAACAAGGCUCACACUGCUCUUGCUGAAGCUGAACGCCGUCUUACUGCAGAGGGGCAUAAAUUUAACAUCAUUACUCAGAAUGUUGAUGGUCUACAUGCUCGUGCUGGCUCAACUAAUGUAGUGGAACUACAUGGUUCUCUUAUGAAGACACGUUGCCUCAAGUGUGGUGAAGUUCGUGUGAACAGUGACAGCCCUAUAUGUGAAGCUUUGAGGGGUCGUGGUUUACCUAAGAUCGAAGGACCAUCGCCUCCGUCUAUCCCAACAGAAGAGUUGCCACGGUGUCAGAAUGGUGGUUGUAAGGGACUUUUAAGACCACACAUUGUGUGGUUUGGGGAGGGUUUGGAGCGCACAGUCUUGGAAAAAGCAGGGCGUUCUACUUCAAAGGCCCCUGCGGCUCGACGGUACCCGAGGCCCUCGGCGUCGUUUGAGAUAAACGUUAAUUAUUAAUUUUCUUGUGAUAUUUUUUUCUCGUUUCUUUCUUUGUCUUAUUGUUUAUGAGUUAUCGUGCCAAUGCGUUAUUCCUACAGUUAUGUCGAUAAACUGUUCGUGAUUUUACUGUUCCGUAUUCAAAGUGUCGUACAUUGAAGAACGUGAUCCGUCAACUCUGCUAAAUUAAGUGUGGCAAUAAUAACAAUCAAAAGCGUC